AUGACAACAGAGGGAAUUGACGAAAAGCAAGUUACCUUUCUCGCGAAAGGGUACCCAUGUGAUGCUGUCCCACACAGAGAUGCACUCAAAGCUAUCGAGCCACGUGGAUUUUAUAUCCGCCAGCCGCCUAAGCCGCAUGAGCUUGAUCAAGAAAUCACCGAUGAUUCGCUGCUUUUCCAGACGAUUCAUAUGGGCGCGGCGGUCGUCGAUGAAGACAAAUGGACUCUCAUCCUAGAUGGGAUGGUGGAGAGGCCUCUCUCACUCUCCUUCACACAGCUGAAAAGUAUACAUAGGACGAACGUCAUAUCAUUUCAUGAAUGCUACGGCAGCCCCGUUCUGCCGCCGGUCAAAGCUUUAUGGAGGAUUGGAAAUGUGCAAUGGACCGGCGUUCGACUAGCAGACUUGAUCCGCAUGGCAAGGCCGAAAGCGGGUGCAACUUACGUCUGGUCGCAAGGACUUGAGUCAGGCUCGUUCGCUGAUGUCUCUGCUGACUGCUUCGAGAAAGAUCUUCCAAUGCAGAAAGCCCUCCAGCCAGAAGUCUUGGUCGCAUAUGAGAUGAAUGGGAAGCCACUGAAUAAGAACCGGGGAGGCCCGGUAAGAUUGGUAGUACCAGGUUGGUUCGGGACAAACUCGACGAAGUGGCUGUGUCGUUUGAAUUUGCAGGACCGUCGAGCCAGUGGGCCCUUUACGACGACGUUCUACAAUGAGGUGGACCCCAAUGACCCCUCUGGGAUGACCAUGAGACCAGUUUGGAUGGUUGAACCCAACUCGAUGAUCGUGCAGCCGAUGGCUGACGAGGUCUUGAGGGGCCCAGAAGUUGAGGUUUGGGGAAGAGCAUGGGGCUGCGAAGAGAUUGAAUCCGUUGACAUCAGUAUUGAUGACGGUGACACGUGGAUGUCUCCAACAGACGUGCACCUUGACGGACGCCAGAUGUAUGAGUGGCAGUUGUUUCGAGUCAGAUUGAUGCUCAAGAGACCAGGAACAUACCACUUGGUUGCCAGAGCAAGAGACAGGAGUGGUGCAAAACAGCCGAUGGUAGGCAGAAGGAAUCAUGUUCAUCGAGUGGAGGUUCACGUUGCAUAA